GAUGGGUCUUUUUCACGUCGGAAUCCCGGCGGACGCAUCUUGUGUAGCUCUUCGGGAUCUUUUCACUUCGCAAUCCUGCGGUUGCCACACAAGCUCCGACCUGUUGUUAUGGUGCUCCAGACGACCUCGAUCCUGCGACGCGCGGCGCUAUCUGCGCGACUGGCGUCCUCGCGCGCUUUUUCCAGUGCUGCCUCCAGCUCCGGCGCCUUCUUGACGAUGGAGACGCGCUCCAACGGCGUGGCCAUUGUGCGGCUGGACGACAAGGCGGCCAAAGUGAACACGAUCUCGUCCAAGAUGACGGCGGAGAUGACGACGAUGCUGGACACGGUGGAGAAUGACCCCAAUGUCAAGUCGGUGGUGCUCAUCUCGGCCAAGCCGGGGGUGUUCAUUGCCGGCGCGGAUAUCGCCGAGCUGAACGCGUGUAAGACGGAAGAGGAGAUGCGUGACAUGUCCAGAGCUGGCCAAGCGUUCAUGAACCGGUUGGCUGGCUCUAAGAAGCCCUUCGUGGCGGCUAUCGAGGGCUCCUGCAUGGGCGGCGGCCUCGAGGUUGCGCUCGCCUGCCACUACCGCGUGGCGGCGAAGAGCAAGAAGACGCAGCUAGCUCUACCCGAAGUGAUGCUGGGGCUGCUACCAGGCGCAGGUGGGACCCAGCGUCUACCUAAGCUUGUGGGCAUCCAGGCCGCAUUGGAUAUGAUGCUGACGGGCAAGAACAUCAAGCCCGACAAGGCAUUGAAAAUGGGUCUGGUGAACCAAGUGGCCGACCCGUUUGCACUUGAGAAUGCAGCCAUCUCAGCAGCUGAGCAACUCGCAUCAGGCAGUUUGAAACCCAAGAAGAAGAACAAAGGACUGGUCAACCGCAUCUUGGAGGACACGCCACUGCGUCAGAUUGUCUUCAAUAAGGCUGGAGAGAUGGUGGAGAAGAAGACGGGAGGACACUACCCCGCUCCUAAGCUCAUCCUGGAAGCCGCGCAGACGGGAAUUGAACAGGGAAUCACUAAAGGUCUAGAAGUUGAAGCAACUAACUUCGCCAAGCUGGGAAUGACCAGCGAGGCCAAGGCACUGAUGAGUAUCUUCUUCGGACAGACAGCCCUGAAGAAGAAUCGCUACGGUAAACCUGCGAAGCCUGUGGAGACUAUGGCAGUCGUUGGCGCCGGACUGAUGGGAGCUGGUAUCGCACAGGUAUCCGCUGCCAAAGGUGUGCGUGUCCUACUUAAGGACCGCGAUGCUGCGGCUGCUGCUAAAGGAGAAGACUACGUUCGCAGCAACUUGGACCAGAAGGUGAAGCGCAAACGCAUGACCAUCUACGAUCGUGACGCUGUGAUGGCCAACGUCGUGCCUCUGUCGGACGAGGAUGAGGUCUGGAAGACGCACAUCAAGAAGGCGGAUCUCGCUAUUGAGGCGGUUUUUGAGGACUUGGCUCUGAAGCACAAGGUUCUGUCGGAUCUGGAGAACUAUGUGUCGAAAGAUUGCGUCAUUGCGACCAACACAUCGGCACUUCCGAUCGCGGACAUUGCGUCUGCCUGCAAGCGACCGGAGAACGUGAUCGGUAUGCACUACUUCUCACCUGUGCCCAGUAUGCCGCUACUGGAGAUCAUUCGUCACGCUGGUACGAGUGAUGCGACUGCGGCGAAGGCUGUGGAUCUGGGACUUCGUCAAGGCAAGACGGCUAUCGUGGUGAAGGAUGUCCCUGGUUUCUAUGUGAACCGCUGUCUUGGCCCGUACAUUGCGGAGACGCUGGCACUUGUGGGAGAUGGCGUUGAACCGGAGAAGCUCGACAAACUCAUGACCAAGUGGGGGCUUCCCGUGGGUCCCAUCACGCUGGCUGACGAGGUGGGACUGGAUGUGGCUUACCACGUUAAUCAGACGCUGUCGAAGGCGCUGGGUGUGCGUAUGGAGGGCGGUGAUGCCAAGUUGUUUGAGGAGAUGAUUGAACAAGGAUUUUUGGGCAAGAAAUCUGGCAAGGGCUUCUUCGUGCAGCCUCCUAAGGGCAAGAAGAGCAAGAAGACGUUGAAUGCGGAUGCCAUGAACCUUGUCAAGAAGUUCCAGAAGCAAGACUUGAAGCUCAGCGACGAAGACACGGUCAACCGUCUCAUCUCGCGCUUCGUGAACGAGGCAGUUCUGUGUGUGCAAGACGAGAUCAUUGAGUCCCCAUCGGAGGGCGACAUUGGCGCUGUGUUCGGCAUUGGCUUCCCACCUUUCAUUGGCGGACCAUUCCGCUAUGUUGACAAGGUGGGCAGCACCAAGUUCACGGAGAUGAUGCAGCGUUAUGCUGAUCAGUACGGACCGCAGUUUGCCCCUGCACCGCUGUUGGAAGACAUGGCCAAGACGAACAAGAAGUUCCACUCGAAUUAAGGCCCCGCAUCAGAUUAACUUGGCGGUAGCAGUCGUUUAUGAUGAUCUCACAAUGCAACAGGGAGAAAUGCACCUUUCAUAUUUUUGUGUUGUCGGUAAGAUAUCGUGUUGCUACAGGAAGUAGUAGUCGUCCAAGGAUGUUCAUGUGGGUACGCCAGCUCUCUGUUGCAGUGAGAUAAGGGUCUAAGAUUGCAAGAUAAUGGUAGAACACAAUGAUGAGAACGUACCAGC